CUACAACGUCUGCACCGUCGAUCCCCGCUUCGUCCCCCAAACAAAUCCGAAGCGCCGCCUCCUUCUGACUGUCGUCGCCUCUUGCGCAUUUCCCCACGCCGGCAGCAACGGCAAACGGGAGAAGGAAGAGGAGAACACGUGGGAAGGCGAAGCGAGGCGAUGCAGCCCAAGAUCAGCGCGUUCUUCAAGCGGCAGGAAGCGGACCCAGAUCCGAACAGUGGCGACGGUGAGGGGAACGGGCAUGGAAGCGACAUCGCGGCGACGGAGGCGAAACGGAAGGCCAAGGGCUGCAGGCGCGACGAGCUCGUCAGCAAGAAGAGGAACUACGCGCAGUUCCAUCUGGAGCUGGGGCAGCCUGAUUUCCUACACCACACGUGCUCCGUCUGCGGCAUGAUGUACGCCCGAGGGAACGACGAGGACGAGAAGGUUCACAGGGCCUACCACAAGAACUACUCAGAGGGGGUCCCUUUCAAGGGCUGGAAAAAUGAGACAGUGAUGGCGAGGUCCGAGGGUGGUGAUCGCGUUAUUCUUGCAACUGAUGAGAACUCUUGUGUGUGGAAAAGUAAGGUCAGAGAGGUGAUCACAGUGGUGGAGAAGGAGCUGGGAUUUGGUGAAGGGAAACUUCUGCAUAAGCUUUGCAAGGUGUAUCUAUACAUAUCUGGACAAAGGAUCGUGGGGUGCCUUGUCACUGAACCAAUAAAAGCAGCACAUAGAGUCAUCCCAAGAUCCACGGAAGAAAGCCAUAGCAGUUUGCCAGUUAAUAGUAAUGAGCCAGGAAAAAAUGGUCAUACAUUAGAGUUUGGCGAAAUUAGUUUCAAGAGGGAAAUCAUAAGGCGUCACAAUCAUUCAAUCAAGAACAAAGAAGAGUGCCAGGACCCUGGUGCCAUAAUUUGUGAAACAGAAGCUGUUCCUGCACUUUGUGGAUUUCGAGCCAUCUGGGUGGUACCAUCACGCAGAAGAAAACGAAUUGCCUCAAAACUAAUGGAUGUUGCAAGCAGGAAAACCUUCUGCGAAGGCAGGACUUUGGGGAUUUCACAGUUUGCUUUCACUCCCCCGACCUCCUCUGGCAAGGGGCUAGCAUGCCGUUACUGCAAGACCAGCUCAUUCUUAGUCUAUAAAGACGGACCUGUGUAACAGAUGUACUCUAAGAAGACCCUCUCUGAAACUCCUCUUCCCCGUGUAAAAUACUCUGCUUGUUGUUGGAGCAUUGGAUAAAUGAUAUAAGCAAUUAGAUCUACUUGUAUUCAGGUAUACUAGAGGUUGGCGAUGUCUUUGUAGCAAUGUAGUUUUCCUCUUUAAGUAAUAAUAGCUGCCUUGUGAUCUUCAUUAAUAA